GUUCUUAGUGCAUGAGCUGAACCUUACCGCAGCCAAGCUGAAAGCGCCAUGUGGACAGAUGCCAAGGCCGUAGUGCAUGGCUGCCAUUGAGUGGAGCGACAUAUACAGAGCAACGAACAGGGACAAUACGCCGACGCCGGGCUAUUUGUUUAAUGACAUUGUGCAGAAUGUGUCGAACGCCUGUCCAUCAGAGAUUCCCGCGCUGGCUCAGUACUUGAUCGAUUGCGUCAAUGGUGACCAUGCCCACGUCAAACUCAAAGCACUCUUUGUGAUCAAGACGCUGGCCUACAGGAUUCCGCCCUUUCAGCAGGCCUUCCUGAGUCAGCCUGAUGGCCUGGGUUCAAUCCAAGAAGCUUGCGUUUUCACCGGCCCCCCAUCGCCCAUGUUCGGCGACGAGCCUUACCGCCUGGUGCGAGAGGCUGCUGAAGGAGCAAGGGAGGUCUUGGAGACGAACGAGUUUUAUCACCAGGAGUACAAAGAGCUUUCUCGUCGCAUUGUUGGCUUUGGAAAUUACGAGCCACCUGAGGACACAAAGCUGCCCGACGGUUCUGUGAACGUUGCCAAGGACGUUACCUUUGGCGAUGUAUUGGGCACAGCUGUAGGUGGUGUGCUCAACGGCGCUGGGGCAAUCAUCCAGGGCGUGAAGGGUCUGUUUGAGACUCACUCGCGGCAUGUCUCUGGCUUGGAGCUGGAGGGCAUGGGCAUGGAUGAGCCGGAGGUGGCAGAGGACCCCUACGAGGAGGAGGCGCAGAUGCAGAUGGACGAAGAAGAAGAUGAGUACCGACCAUCCACGGGAGACUACAUUCCUCCCUCAGUGCCCAUUGUUUCAGAUGCCCAGGCAGCUCCGUUUCACCCACCAGAAGCCCAGGCCGAAAGCGACCUCUUGGAUUUCGAGGGAUCUCAUCACGAUCUCAUUGAUCCAGAGGCCAGAGAGCCAUGAGGUACGUCGAAGUCCUGUGGCCGUUUGAGUUGCCAGCAAAAUGAGAGAAAAAAGAACAAAAC